CCCCGCUCAAAUGGUAAACAGAGACCUCGUUGGGAGAGAUAAAAAAACCCCCAAAAAAUUUGCUAAACCCCACUCUUCUGAUAAGGUAAAAAAAUGCACAUAAACUCCUGUCCAAUUCAAAGUUGUGCAAUUGGACACAAUUCGUUUCUAUUUCCUGGCAGUGGCAGUAUAAGCUACGGUUUGGGAUUGGGUUGGAACGAAUCUCAAUUCUUCUGCAAAACCCAAACCCCUAGGUAUCGCGUUGGUGUCAUCAAGAGGAAAUGCCGUCGCAGCGGCGUAAUCAGGGCCGCCGCCGGCUCUGGCAUCGAUUAUUAUUCCACUUUGAACGUCAGUCCCGGUGCCACUUUGCAAGAGAUUAAGGCCUCUUACAGGAAGCUGGCUCGCAAGUAUCAUCCAGAUAUGAAUAAGAGUCCUGGUGCAGAAGAGAAGUUUAAAGAGAUAAGUGCUGCAUAUGAGGUCCUAUCAGAUAAUGCGAAAAGAUCUUUAUAUGAUCUCCAUGGUGAGGCAGGUUUACAAGGAGGAUAUGAUGGAUCGGGUGGUGCUUCACCGGGGGUUGAUCCAUUUGAAGUGUAUAAUGCAUUCUUUGGCGGUUCACAUGGGUUCUUCAGUGGAAUGGAUGAACCAGGAGGCUUUAACUUCGAUUUUAGAAAUAAAGGAAACAACGAUCUUGACAUUCGGUUUGACCUUCAUUUGAACUUUGAAGAAUCUGUGUUUGGAGGAGAGCAUGAAAUUAACUUCUCCUGUCUUGAAACAUGUGAUGAUUGUGGUGGAACAGGUGCUAAAUGUAGUAGUUGCAUAAAAUCAUGCAGUGGCUGUGGAGGUAGAGGAGUGGUAAUGAAAUCUCAAAGGACUCCAUUUGGAAUGGUAUCACAGGUUUCUACUUGCUCAAGCUGUGGUGGUAAUGGCAAGAUAAUCACUGAUCAUUGUCGAAGAUGUAGUGGCAGCUGUAAAGUAAAGGUGAAACGAAGUAUGAGAGUUACCAUACCCCCUGGUGUUAGCAAUGGUUCCAUAAUGAGAAUACAAGGAGAGGGCAAUUCUGAUAAGAAAAGGGGAUUAGAUGGUGAUCUCUUCAUAGUCCUCCAUAUAGGUGAAAAGCAAGGAAUUUGGAGGGAUGGCCUUAAUCUUUACUCAAAGAUCAAUAUUGACUACACCGAGGCAAUACUCGGGACAGUGGUGAAGGUGGAAACCGUUGAAGGUAUUAAAGAUCUUCAAAUCCCCUCCGGGAUUCAGCCUGGUGAUAGAGUGAAACUUUCAUGUCUGGGAAUUCCAGAUAUCAAUAAACCUUCAGUUAGAGGUGAUCAUCACUUUAUUGUGAAUGUUCUGAUCCCAAAAGAUAUCAGUAACAAAGAACAGGCACUUGUUGAGGAAUUGGCUUCACUCAAAGCAUCUAGCAAAAGCUAUCCUUCUCAUGGGAUGCAUGAAGGAAGCAAACCAAAAGAGUGUGCUUCAAGAAAAAGGAUCAACCGUGUUGCUUUUUUGUGGAACUCAAUUAAGGCCUUCUUAGGGCAAGGGCAGUCCCGAGAAGGGUUUGCAUCAAUUAGUUCAGACAUAUCAGCGUCAUUGUGGUGUCGUGGCAAGCCAGAUUGCAUGGUAACAGUUUCAUAUUUUACGAUUUUCAUAUUAACUUGUAUUUUUACAUGUAUGCGGAGGACCAAAAAACUGCAUGUGGUUGAGACAAAGAAACUCAUCGUAGGAAACUAAAAGAGCACCGAGAAGCGAUAUCUAGGCAUGAUUAAUUGAGGAACCUAACAGAUUCUAAACUUGUAUUAGACAUGCUACUAUCGAUCUGUCGUAUAGAUCAGUCCCUCGCAUGGUCCUUGAAGUCGAGUUUUGCUUUAAUGCAGCCAGGUUCAUCAAUGGUGCUCCCCAUGUUCUGUGCUUGCUACCAAAUUUUUGCUUAAAUAGCUGAAGAUAUUAUAAUUUUGGCAAUUAAUGACUUAAUUAUGCAUUAUUUAUCUAUUAAAACCGAAACUAUUCAUCAGCCAAUGAGAAGCAAUCACGUGGCAGUUUCUUCCUUUUCGUUAGAAUCCUGGCAGAAGUGGAACACUGCGAUGGUAGAUCCUGAAAAGGCCGAAUGGAAAAGCAGUCCCUUAGAAUGGGAAAAACUUAA